AACACUGCAGGACUCAGAUCUGUCAGUCAACCCAGCAGAACCAACAAGCACCAUGACUCUCAUCACCAUCCUGAUCUGGACGCUGCUGACCUGCUGCUGUUUUACAGGAUGCAGCGCUCAGGUCACGUCGAUCGUCGCUCGGCGACCCCAGAGUUUAAAAAUGUGUGGUGAGAGAGGAAACCCGCUGAAAACGAUACUUCAGCUGAUGUGUCAACUUCUGUGGGUGGAGGGGAUGGUUGUGGCCAUGGGUGGAGUCUAUCUUCUGAUGAAGUACAGACACUACAGCUUGUUUUUUUCUCAAACUUACAUCCUCCUUCCAGCAAUCUUCACGCUCUGCAGCGCUGCAUUUCUGGUCCUCACCGGCUUCCUCGGAACGUGGCUGAGCCUCAGAGAUUCCCGCUGUCUGCAAGGACUGGUGAGGUUAUCCCUGUCACUGUGGGAACUUGGAUGUUUACAAGAGAUUUGUCUGCACGUGCUGAAACAUUUUCUUCUCCAGUUUGUUUAUCUGCUGGUGGUGAUCUUUUUCCUGGAAAGCACUGCCUCUGCACUGGCCUUGGUCCACUCUAGAAAGUUGGAUUCUGAGACAGCACCUCUCAGCAAGGUGUUUCAGAAUUACACCGGCAGCAGUCAAGACAUAAACUCUCGGGCUGUUGAUGCUACUCAGCAGGAGCUCCAGUGUUGCGGGGUCAGCAACUACACUGACUGGCUGGACACCUCUUGGUUCAAUCAAACUGGUGGAAAACUGGUUCCUCGCAGCUGUUGUAAUGCUACUUUCCACUCAUGUACUGGUAGUGUGGAGCAGCCAUGGCAGCUUUACCCUCAGGGCUGUCAGGUGAAGCUGGAAAUGGCUUUUCAGUUCAUCCUGAGUUUUAUCAUGUGGUGCGCUCUCCUGGGUUUUCUCACUGAGGUGGUCUUGUUUUUUACAAUGGGACGGAUGAUGAUGAUGAUGAAUCAACAACCUUUUAAAUAUCAAGCACUGGACGACAGCUAAAGACAGAGGAAAGCACUUACCUACUGUUCCCUCCAUUGUUUUAGUAUUUAAAUAUAAUUGCAUUCAAAAUGACAGUACCAUGUUACUGUAAAAAGAUGAUAGUAUUGCUUUUAAUACACUGUGAGAUAUUUGACUUCUGAAUGGUCAAUAAAAACAACAGAAACCAAACCUA